AUGCGGAAACUCGUCAUUCCCAAGUAUUACGGUCGUCCUUCGAUUGGCUUAGCUCUUUUUGGGUGUGCAAAUCGCCCAUUUUACCAUAUUUGUGUUUUUCCUGACAGAGCUUUGGGAAGAAGAUACGAGGGGAAUAUUCUUGAGCAGGUUGGUACGUUUGACCCGUUACCAAACUUCAGAAACGAGAAAUUAGUGUCUCUCAACUUUGGACGGCUCAAGUACUGGAUAGGCGAGAGAAACGCCAAUAUAUCUGUCCCUGUUUUAGAACUUCUAGGCCUCUGCUUAGAACGGCGUUUGGCGAUGACGCUUUUUGUUAAUCCAGCACUAUCCUAUUUUUUUACAUUGCUUUUCUGUUAUCUUUUGGUUGUUUGCUUAUGCGAUCGCUGUUAUAAUAGUGUUAGAAUCAACUACGAUGAAAAUUCAUUCUCGCCUGAUUCUGUAUAUAGUGUCAUUGGAACAUCAGAAGCCUGUGUGAGCAAUUAUGAAGCAAAUUUUUAUUCCGGGGCAGAAAAUGAACUCCCUCCUUGUCGUGUUGGUUUGCUUUCGGUAGAACUAUCUCCUAUUGCUCGUUUUGAUAACAAUAACAAUUUAUUGCCAUAUAUUGAAUUGAACAUAUCUGUGACGGUUCAUGAACAUGUGGAUUCUGUUGUCAUUCGUCUGCAAUGCGUAUAUGCACCUGACGCUGAAGAUAUCUAUUGUCACGAUACUCAACGAAUGACGAAUCAAGGUCGCUGGUUAUGGCCAUGUAGAGCGCUAGUCUUUCACAAAAAGGAUAUUGUUUCUCUGCCGACCCAUUUUGGAUAUUCAUGCUUCCGCGUUUUUGGUCUGUCUCAGUACAUUGUGAAUGUGACGAUCUUUCCUCAGAGGUGCCGCUCAACCUUGCUUAUUACUUCACCUUCGGAUAUCCAGUUAUCCCCAACUAUCGCUGAAUACUACGCAAACAAGGAUAUUCCAAGUCCCGAAUGGUCUCCUCUUCUAAUUGUUGACUUCAGCGAAGAAGAUGGUAUUUGGUUACGUGUUGAAGGGCCCGCGUCAUACCAUGCCAGAGCAAUAACUGUUUCAAUUUUUGAACGGCACGCAGACGGAGCACUUCAUCCUUUACAGACGUUCAGCAUUGUUCAUCCAGAUACGGGUUUGAAGUGGCGUAAUGUGGCAAAGGGAGAUUAUGUUGCGUACGCACAUAUUCAUCGCCAUGACUGUGUACUUGUUUGUGAUGACAAGAUUAUACCACGAAUGGAAUGUCGGCUUUGUGCUCAUACAGUUCUAAAUUUUACUCUGCCUAUAGAUCGGGCAAGUCUGUCAUGGAAAAGUUUACGUCGAAUGCGCGAUUCUAGCUCUUCAAUUCUGUACGCAUUGAGUUCGGCAGUCUUUGUGUUAGCUCUCUUCGGUAUGAUUUAUGUCUUCAUUUUGCGAAGAAGGGUUCGUCACACACCAGUUGAAGUACGAGAAAUAGAACUGCAGUCGAAGCCAUCUGUCCUUUUAUUAACUCCGGAUGACUGUGAUGAACAUGCCUUAGUUAUGCUCCUCCUAAGUCGCAUUCUUGAGCGCCAUUUUGGAGUUAAUGUUCUCCUAGACUAUCACGAGAUGAGUAACUCUGUAGCACGUCCUUCCCGUUGGCUGGUCGAUUCCAUGUGUAGAGCGUCUCGUGUGCUGAUAAUUGUCUCACCAUGCACCGAGCUGGUAAUAAAUGGGCAACAUUUGAAGCAACGUCGACCCUUUCCUGAUCUCUUCGGAUCCGCCAUAAACAUGAUUUUGAGAGAAAGCACAAAAACCACUACUCUAAGUAAGUAUAUAAUUUGUCGUCUACCUUAUUCUCCGCCCACUCCUAAACAGCUUAGCCUUUUGGGUUUUCCUGAAGUGGAAGUACCUUCGGAGUUUACCCGUCUGACUGCCUUAGUCCAUUCGAUCGAUUACGAAUUUAACGACGCAGUUGAUCCUUCACUUCAAAACGAGCUUGCUGAAGCAGUAAAUAGAGUUGUGAAAAUGAUGAAGGUCAAUCCAAGCUGGAUUGAAAGUCGGUGUGUUUCUGAGUGCAUUCGCGUACGUGGUCGAAAUGGAGCGGUGGAGGCAGCAGUUGGAACCGACUUGGGGCUGUCGCAAACUGCAGUGAUGGGUGGUGCCAGCAAAGGUUUUACUACUGUCCUAGCGGCUACGCUCCACCAAAACGCCCCGAGAGAAGGCGCGCACGCAAUUACGUACCUGCGGCGUGUCCUUUUUACCCUACUAUAUUUUUCGAAUGUGCACAACGACAACACCGUUAGGUUUGUGGAUGUUCCUGAGAAAAGUAUGUUGUUGGAAACUUCAGAGGAAAGACGAGAGGCUGCUGUUGAGUUCGGAUUACUUCCGCCAGAAGAAAAUGAAGUUGUUGGCAUAUCGUCUGAGUUUGCUCUAUUGCCCCCGGACUCAUCGGAUGAAGACUGA